GGGGAGAAGGACCUACCCAGACAAAGGAAUAAGAGAGGGGGACUCAGUGCUGUUGACGAUUGUGGCUAGGCGAGUAGCAAUACAAAGCGUUCUUUGCAGCAAACAGGUUCACGUGUUAAUUUCUAUAUCAACAGGUUAUGGGCCCAGCUGUACGCACAGCUAACAGCUACUCUGUCUGAACAAUUAUUUUUUUUUGUGUGUGUCCCCGGCUAACUGUUCCCAAGAAAUUAGAAAUUCUUUUCUGGAGUGAUGGAGAAAGAUGGCCGCCGCCAUGUUGUAUGGUGUCUGAAUGGGAAAAACUACGCGUCUUGGAAAUUUGGAAUGAAGCUGGCGUUACAAAGUGUUGAGCUUUGGGAAGUCGUGAACGGGACUCAACGGCAACCUGCUGAAAGACGCAAUGCUGACCAGGUGAUUGAAAAUGCAGCUGAUAUAACCAACUGGAACAAGAGAAAUACCACGGCAAUGCAGAACAUAUUUGGCGCCAUCAAAGAAGACCAAUCAAGGAUCCUGAUGUCUUGUAGCACAGCCCAAGAGAUGUGGAUGAAAUUGGAGACUGAGUAUGAAGAAGAUGCCGCAGACAAUGCACCUCUAUUGUGGACAAAGUUCUAUGGAUGCACAUUUCGACCAAGCCAAAGUGUAUCAAGCUUCCUGACUGAGUUGGAACAGAUAGCAUUCCGUCUGAAGAGCCUCAACAUAGCUAUUGAUGAUAAUCAAAUAAUGGCAAAGAUACUCAUGUCGCUUCCUCCAGAGUUCCGUGUUUUUGCCUUUGCAUGGGACAGCACGCCUGUUGCAGAGAAAACUCUCAAGAAACUGACUACUCGCCUUAUAGCAUUGGACAAGAGCCUGCGCAACGACGAAGAAGCAAAAUCGACAUCUGAUACUGCCUAUCUCAGUAAGCCGAACAGAGAUGAAUCACAGCACAAAGAGCAAGCACUUCCUGCCCAGUACGGUCAGAACAAAGGAAAAAGCCACCCUUCCAGUCAACAUGCUGGUAUACCGAGAACAUGCUGGGAGUGCAACUCCACUACGCAUGUUAGAGCUCAAUGCCGUCAAUACAAACGCCGGCGUGAGAGAGAAGGAGAAGAAGCGGACAGAAAAAGGAAGCGUUACGAUCGACAUGACAGAAGAGAUGAUAAACUAUGUAAGCUCCCAGGAGCAACUGGCCGAUGCACUCACGAAACCCCUGGCUGCUCCACGCUUCAAGUAUCUCCGUGACAAGAUUGGCGUUCGGGGUGUAGGGGAGGUGUAACUGAAGAGUUAAAGGAGGCUGAUAUUUCUUUUCUUAUUAUUUGUCUUGUGACACUGAACCUAGUAUUUAUGUCUGAUUCAAAUAUGCUGUGUAUUCUGUGCUCAUGUUUAUUUUUGGGGGUCCAGUUUGAGGGGAGGUGUUGAGUAUAAAAGAUAAACAAACUGGACAGUGCGGCAACGCAGGAUAGCCAGGAAAGAAGAGAGGGGGAGAAGGACCUACCCAGACAAAGGAAUAAGAGAGGGGGACUCAGUGCUGUUGACGAUUGUGGCUAGGCGAGUAGCAAUACAAAGCGUUCUUUGCAGCAAACAGGUUCACGUGUUAAUUUCUAUAUCAACACAA